AUGAGUGACAGCGACGCAAUUCAGGUUCGUCGGCCUGACAGCAAUUCGAAUAUACAAAUCGAUGCCGAAAAGGCAAGCGUCCACGAAGAUGAUUUCAAAAAUGUCCAAAUCCGUGGAUUAGAAACCUCUCCCGAGACUUCUCUCCACCGUGGGCUUAAAGCGCGGCACAUCACCAUGAUUGCCAUUGGCGGCGCUUUGGGCACAGGACUUAUCGUCGGCACAGGCAAAGCUCUUGCCCAGGCCGGACCAGGCUCACUGUUCAUCUCAUAUACAUUUAUCGGGGGAUUAGUGUUUAUGGUAAUGGCGGCUCUUGGCGAGAUGUCGGCGUGGCUACCAUUGAGCGCAGGCUUUACAGGAUAUGCCACGAGAUAUUGCCACCCGUCUCUUGGCUUUGCCCUUGGCUGGUCUUACUGGUUUAAAUACAUCAUCGUCACACCGAAUCAGCUCACGGCCGCGGCCCUCGUCAUACAAUUCUGGGUUCCAAGAGAGAAAGUCAACCCCGGUGUGUUUGUUGCCAUCUUUUUGGUUGCCAUUGUGUGCAUUAACUACUUUGGCGGUAUCCGAUUUUUCGGCGAAUUUGAAUUCUGGCUUUCUUCUUUCAAAGUCAUUGUCAUAAUUGGCAUCAUCCUGUUUGCCUUGAUUAUGGCUUGUGGCGGUGGCCCUACUGGCGAUGCCCCCGGCUUCCGAUACUGGCGUGAUCCAGGGGCAUUCGCAGAGUUAUAUACCGACGGCUCCGUGGGCCGCUUUCUGGGCUUCUGGUCAGUCAUGGUAAAUGCCACGUUUGCCUACCUGGGCACAGAACUCGUCGGAGUGACCGCCGGCGAGGCGCAGAAUCCACGGAGGACCAUCCCCAAGGCCAUCAAGCUGACCUUCUUCCGCAUCCUCUUCUUCUACUGUCUGAGUGUCUUCCUAGUGGGCAUGCUUGUGCCGUACAACUCCAAAGCUCUUGCGUUCGCAAAUGGACAAUCCAACCCAGGGGCCAGUGCAAGUCCGUUUGUUGUGGCCGCAACACUGGCGGGCGUCAAGGUGUUGCCUCACAUUAUCAACGCCUGCAUCUGCUUGUUUGUCUUCUCCGCUGCCAACUCGGAUCUAUACAUUGCAAGCCGCACGCUAUACGGCCUCGCGAGUGACUGGUCCGCGCCGAGCAUCUUUCGCCGAACAGAUCGUCGUGGCGUGCCGUACCCGGCGUUGAUGCUCUGCACGGCGUUUUGCUGCCUGGCGUUUAUGACGGUCGCAGAUGAUUCAAAAAGGGUAUUUGGCUACUUUGUUAAUCUCACGACGAUAUUCGGCUUAAUGACCUGGAUUUCUAUACUCGUUACUCACAUCUUUUUCCUUCGUGCCCGGAAAGCCCAGAACAUCCCCGAUAGUGCCAUGCCAUAUGUUGCGCCGCAAGGCAUGGUUGGUACGGUGAUUGCUCUUUCGUUCUGCAUCUUGAUUGCGUUGACCAAGAACUUUGGUGUUUUUGUGCACCAGGGCGGUGAUACUUUUGUGUACAAGGACUUUAUAACUGGGUACUUGGGAAUUCCGCUGUAUUUGAUACUUCUUUUUGGACACAUGUUUAUCACCAAGAGCAGGAGGGUUAAGCCAACUGAGGCGGACUUUUUUACAGGCAAGGAAAUCAUUGACAAUGAGGAGCGGGAGUUUGUGGAAAAGGUAAAGGAACAGCAGGCGGCGAAAACUGGUUGGAGCAGAGUCUAUUCGCGGGUAUUGUCCUGGUUAUUUUAA